UACAAGCCCGAGAUGCGCAAAGUGUCCGAAGGCCAGAUGAUGCGUCCCAACAGGAAGACUAAUGGUAGCGGCGUCCAGGCCCCCGAGACCAGGAUUUGUGUUGUUAUGGUCGGUCUGCCAGCCAGAGGAAAGAUCGUCCGCUACCUUCGCUGGCUCUCGGUCGACGCGAAGACCUUCAACGUAGGCCAGUAUCGCCGUACCACCACUCCCAAUCCUUCCGCCGAAUUCUUCGACACAAGCAAUGCAGAGGGCGAAAGAAUGCGCAAAGCUGCCGCCGAGGCUGCUGUGACAGAUAUGCUGAAAUGGUUUGACAAUGGUGAGGGUCUUGUUGCAAUCCUUGAUGCUACCAACUCGACGAAAGCACGAAGACGUUGGAUACAAGAUCGCUGCGACGCUGCCAACGUACAGACCAUGUUUGUCGAGUCAAAAUGUGAUGACGAAGAACUCGUCAUGUCCAACAUCAAGGAAGUCAAGACUACGUCGCCCGACUACGUUGGACAAGAUCCUGAGGUUGCUGCACAAGAUUUCUUAAAGAGAAUCAGAAACUAUGAGAAGGUGUACGAAACAUUGGACGAGGACGAGGCCGACCUCACAUACUGCAAGUUGAUCGACGUCGGGCAUCAAGUCAUUAUCAACAAGAUUCAGGACUACCUCCAAUCUCGAGUGGUCUAUUACCUGAUGAACUUGCACAUCAAACCACGUUCUAUUUGGCUGUCACGAUACAACUUGUCAGGCAAGAUUGGUGGCGAUGCCAAUAUCAGCGAAAGAGGUCAGAUGUAUGCCAGAAAACUACCUGAGAUGGUGAAACAAUCUGCUGGAGACCUUCAACUCACAGUCUGGACCUCGACACUGAAGCGAACCAUUCAAACUUCGAAAUAUCUACCUUUCGAGAAGCUUUCAUGGAAAGCGUUAGACGAACUGGACUCUGGUGUUUGCGACAGCUUGACAUAUGCAGAGAUUGCAGAACGGUUCCCCGAAGACUUUAAGGCUCGUGAUGACGACAAAUACAACUAUCGCUACUUGGGUGGUGAGAGCUACAGAGAUGUGGUUAUCCGUCUCGAGCCCAUCAUCAUGGAACUGGAACGCAGCGAGAACAUUCUCAUCGUAACUCACCAAGCAGUGCUGAGAUGCAUCUACGCUUAUUUCAUGGGCGUUGAUCAGGCGAAGAGUCCUUGGAUGGAGGUCCCUCUGCACACACUGAUCAAGCUUUCACCCAGAGCAUACGGCACACAGGAGGAGCGAUACUCGGCCAAGAUUCCCGCAGUAAGCACCUGGCGUGGCAGNGGAUCGAAGGCCCAGCACGAAAGUCCUGGUCCUGGUGAAGGCACGGUUGAUAUUGAGGUAAAUGGAAAGGGCAGCAAAUAG